UGUGCCUCUAGUCCUUGCAAUAAUGGCAAUUGUACUCCUAAUUCCACGAACACUUUUUACUGUAAAUGCAAUGAUGGCUGGUACGGAGAUGCUUGUGAAAUCGAAAAAAAUCCGUGCAGCUCACAGCCAUGCCCAAGAAAUGCGACUUGCUACAAGCAAAGUACUUCUCACUAUGUAUGUCUAUGCCCAAAUGGCUACUUUGGAAGACAAUGCGAACAGGACAUUGACGAGUGUGUUUCGUCUCCCUGUACCGAAAAUUCAACGUGCGUCGAUGCUGUUGGCUUGUACUAUUGCAAGUGUCCAGAAGGAUACUACGGAGAAUCGUGUGAAAAAGGCGCAUGCAACCCUAAUCCUUGCACAUAUGGCCAAUGUAUUGGGAUUGGUGCAGCUGAUUACAGAUGCAAGUGUGCUGCUGGAUGGACGGGAAAGAAGUGCAAUAUAAGUAUUAACGAGUGUGCUUCAAAUCCGUGUCAUCUAAAUGCUACGUGUGUCGAUAUGCAUGAAGCGUAUUUCUGUAGCUGCCCUAAUGGUUGGUACGGUGAAAGUUGUAACAAAGAUAUAAACGAAUGUAAUUCCAACAGAUUUCCCUGUAGCAGCAAUGCUAAAUGUCUAAAUGUAAUCGGUAGUUACCGCUGUGUUUGCAAGGAAGGUUAUUAUGGGGAUGGGAUAAAAUGUCGAGGUGAGUAA